UUCUUUCUUUCUUCUUUUCUUUUGCAUCAAAAGCAUGGUUAAACUCAGCUGCCACAAAUAUGUACCUGCAUGUCCAAAGAACACAGAAAGUCCAAGUCGAUACAUUUUAAACGUUAGUCAACAACCCAUCCAAGCACGUAUCAGUACAAAUAACGAACGUGAUCGUAAACCUAUUGAUCCUCCACCGAUUGUUCAAAUCAGUUUAGCCGAUCCUUCUUCUCCGCAAGAAAUAGACACAUUUCAUCAAAGCUCCUAUUUUUUCAUGUGCAGCAAUCUAUGUCAUCCAACGAAUGAUGAAGAGAUUUAUACACCAACACACAAUGCUCUAUGCGGACAAACAGUCUCAUCUAUGUUUAAAUUAAAUGAUAUUGAUAACCAAUACAAAGCCUUUUUUAUCUUUGGUGACUUGUCAGUCAAAGUCGAAGGAAACUAUCGAUUGAAACUGUCUCUAUUUCAAAUUACAGAAACUGGCGCAAUCUGUCUUUCAUCCAUCUUCACUAAUCCCUUUAUGGUCUAUUCCGCAAAAGCUUUUCCUGGGCACUUGGAAUCAACUUUUCUCUCCAAGGCAUUUUCAGACCAGGGUGCACGUAUUAAAAUUCGUAAAGAAAAUCGUGCUCCACCAGUUAAUUUGCGUAAAAGAAAGCCUAUUCCUGACACAGAGCGAAGAAACAGCGUGACGAGUCACAGCAGUACAGAGGAAAGCCCGGUGCUGGUGAACCCACCACUGCCUCGUGUUACUUUACCUCCACUUUUUCCCUUAGACAAGAUGUAUCCAUCACCUCUUUACGUCUUCGACUUGAAGUUACCCCCGCUUCGACUGAAAAGAGCCAAAAUAGAUAACCAUGAGCAAAAUGCUGCUGUUGCCAUGAUGCAAUUAUCUCAACAUGUAUUUACAUCUAUUUAGACCUUAUUUUGUAAUAUUUAAUAUGUACCAUAUGGUUUUCUCAAGUUGCAUUAACCCUUAAUUGUUUAUACUUAAUUUAUGCUGGCAUUAACAUUAAAUAAAUCACUUAUUCUCUUUAGUUUACAUUAAAAAGUAUGCAAUGCACGUUUUUUGUAAUCAACUUCAAACUUGCUCCCUUUAAUGCCUCAUCUGACUGACUUCCCCCUAAAGUUGGCAUAAUUCACACACAAAAAAGACAUGCACA